AGGAAACAGCUGUUACGUCAUUUUAAGUAUAUAAGACAUAGUCACAUGUAUGCAAAUAUUUCCAGACAAGAUAUUUACCCAAAUGCGGAUGCCCACGAUGAGAUAUUUUCUAUACUAUUAUAUUCUUGUUGUUCAUGGAAACUGGAUUAUCAAUGAUACGGAGAACCAGGUUCAAAAAAUGCGGCAUCGAGACAUGGAACGUCAGGCUAUCGCUGCUAAAUGCUCACCCAAACAGUUUUGUCCUGAAGUCAUGAAUUACAUAAAUAAUAGUCUUGAAAAGGACUGUCAAUUCUAUUACGAAUAUGUAUUAUGUGCUGCAACGAGACGCAGGUUGUGUGUUGAUAUGUACCUUCAAGAAUAUAUAGAUUACGACUGUGCUCCUAAAGCGACGCCACCGAUUCCACCUGAAUGCUAUGAUUCGGCCUCUCUUUCGUCUCCAAAAAUCAUAUUACCAAUUCUUAUUCUACCGAUAUUAGUGUGAUGGAAUUCAAAGUCAACGGAAGAGAAUAUAUUUGACUUCAUAUAUUACUCAACAAGCAAUUCUUAAACUACGGCGAAUACAAAGAGGAAAACUUGUAUCAAUAGACAAAAUAUUAUCAUGAAUUAUUAUUAAUAGCAAUAAUUCCUUCUACUAAAGGCAUUAAUGCCUGAAAUUUGUACUUAAUUUAUCGACCUCGAAAUGCAAAGUCCACCACGGUUGAACCUGAACUCAGAACGUAGUGACGGGCGAAGUUCCACCAAGCAUUUUCCUCCAGCGUACUCACGAUUCUGCCAGGCUGCUGGCUUUUUAUUAACAAGAAUAACAAUUCUUAUAACAUUGAAGAAUAACAAACAUUUUUCUUUCGUAUUUUAUUUGGGCCGUUAUUCACGUUUUUCUCUUCUGUUUUCUACGCUUUAACUUCUCGAAUAUUUACAUCAAGCGCAUGACUUAUGUUCUUCAGUUUGUGACAAAGACGCUAUAUAUUUCUUCGUUUUCAACAUUUGUGUAGAUUUCUAUUGCCGAGAAAAUGAUAGUGAGGACAAACAGCUUUCACAUCAUUUCAAGUAUAUGAGAUAUAUUCACUUCAAUACGAAUAUUCAGAAUGGAAUAUUUCCAAUGCUGGUAUCUAGUCAUUGUUCAUAUUAGUUUGUGGUCAUGCUGGAAUGCUCACUGGCCAAGGCUACAGGAGGAGACUGCUAGAAAGAUCGAGGAACAACGACAGUACUACAAAGCAUUAAAUGAAAUAUUUCAGGUUCACUCAUGUGAGCCAAAAUUACUUUGCCCUGAAACCUUGCAAUAUUACACAGGUAGUCGUGCAGACAACUGUCGAUUCUAUUACGAAUAUGAAUUAUGUGCUGUAAAAAAACGUUGGAUUUGUGCUCAAAAGUAUCUUGAAGAAUAUAAGACCUAUAACUGCGCUCCUACAGCUUCGCCGCAACCCAAAUAUCAUUCUUCAGCCUGUUUUACAUCGCCUUACAGCAUUUUACCAAUUCUCAUUCUACCAAUAUUGGUGUGAAGCAAUUCGAAGUCAGCUGAAAAAAAAUGUAUCUAUUGUGAGACUAUUUAUAAAAAAAUAACCAAUUAA